UCACGGUUAUUUCCCAGUCCCCGUUUGACAGAUGAGAAAACUGGGGCUGGGAGUAUUCAACUCGCCUAGCCUCUCGGUUUCGAUGAGCAACUCCUGACUUUCAGUCACUGCUUGGGUGGGGGCUUUCCUCCUUGUUGAGCGGGUCUCUGGGUAAGGAUACCCGGAUCCCUAGCUUCAGCAAGCCCCUUUUCUGCAGUUUCUAGUUCUCUUCCUGUCUUGCUUCCGUCCUUGCAGGUGGGUUAAAGCUCAUUUUGAAGAGUGGACCCGGAAAAAAGACCCUGAGAGGCAGCCAAAUCUGCUUUCGCCUAGCUGGGACGCUCUGGAGGGCUCCUUCCACUCCACUGCAGACUUCCUCUUCAGGACAAAUCAGGAUGGCUCCCAGUCCCUGUCCCCUUAAGCCUCCUGCUAACCCUUUCCUUCCCCCGAAAGAGGAGCCCCACCUCCUCAGAGCAAGGGGCUGGCUUAUGCUAUUUCUGUCCUUUCUGGGAUUCUUCUGAGAACAAAUUCUUGUUUUUAGUCUGAUUCAGAUGUGAAACUUUUCCCGCGGCCUCUCACCCAGUUGUGGGCUGGGUCUCUGCCUCAUCACUCCUUCCAGCUAGGCUCCUCCUGUUCCCCUCCCCUAAAUUCUCUCUGUUCAGUCAGUCGGUCACUUUUGCUGAGACCUAGAGAAGGAAGUCAGGGGCCUAAAAGGGAACCACUCCCCUCAGGGGCCCAGGGGCCUGUGGGGCAGCAUUUUGAUACUCUGAAGUGGAGAACUUUGAUUCCCAUGGCCAGCCCUGUUCCUGUGCAGAGGAGUCACCUCCAGGGUCCUAUUCUCAGUGAACAUUUACUGAGCACAUGCUGUGUGCUCUGAGCACAGCUGCCAGGACAGACAAGAAGUCAUCGUGAGUGCGACCGAGACACCCCCAGUUUCCUAUGAAGGAAUUGAAGGUUGAAAAUAAAGAUUCUCAAACUUUAGGGCUGCGCUACAUGGUGAAGCAGUUGGAGAACGGGGAGGUAAACAUUGAGGAGCUGAAGAAAAACCUGGAGUACACAGCUUCUCUGCUGGAGGCCGUCUAUAUAGAUGAGACUCGGCAAAUCCUGGACACGGAGGAUGAGCUGCAGGAGCUGCGGUCUGACGCGGUGCCUUCGGAGGUGCGGGACUGGCUGGCCUCCACCUUCACCCAGCAGACCCGGGCCAAAGGCCGCCGAGCAGAAGAGAAGCCCAAGUUCCGGAGCAUCGUGCACGCGGUGCAGGCUGGCAUCUUCGUGGAGCGGAUGUUCCGGAGAACGUACACCUCUGUGGGCCCCACCUACUCCACUGCGGUCCUCAACUGUCUCAAGAAUGUGGACCUUUGGUGCUUUGAUGUCUUUUCCUUGAACCGGGCAGCAGAUGACCACGCCCUGAGGACCAUCGUUUUUGAGCUGCUGACUCGGCACAACCUCAUCAGCCGCUUUAAGAUUCCCACUGUGUUUUUGAUGACUUUCCUGGAUGCCUUGGAGACAGGCUACGGAAAGUACAAGAACCCUUACCACAACCAGAUCCACGCAGCUGACGUCACCCAGACGGUCCACUGCUUCUUGCUCCGCACAGGGAUGGUGCACUGCCUGUCGGAGAUUGAGGUCCUGGCCAUCAUCUUUGCUGCAGCCAUCCACGACUACGAGCACACUGGCACUACCAACAGCUUCCACAUCCAGACCAAGUCGGAAUGCGCCAUCCUGUACAACGACCGCUCAGUGCUGGAGAAUCACCACAUCAGCUCGGUUUUCCGAAUGAUGCAGGACGACGAGAUGAACAUCUUCAUCAACCUCACCAAGGAUGAGUUUGUAGAGCUGCGGGCUCUGGUCAUCGAGAUGGUGUUGGCCACAGACAUGUCCUGCCAUUUCCAGCAAGUGAAGUCCAUGAAGACAGCCUUGCAGCAGCUGGAGAGGAUUGACAAGUCCAAGGCCCUCUCUCUGCUGCUUCAUACUGCUGACAUCAGCCACCCCACCAAGCAGUGGUCAGUUCACAGCCGCUGGACCAAGGCCCUCAUGGAGGAGUUCUUCCGCCAGGGUGACAAGGAGGCCGAGCUGGGCCUGCCCUUUUCUCCACUCUGUGACCGCACUUCCACCCUUGUGGCGCAGUCUCAGAUUGGCUUCAUCGACUUCAUUGUGGAGCCCACGUUCUCUGUGCUCACCGAUGUGGCUGAGAAGAGUGUCCAGCCCACCGGGGAUGACGACUCCAAGUCUAAAAACCAGCCCAGCUUCCAGUGGCGCCAGCCUUCUCUGGAUGUAGAAGUGGGAGACCCCAACCCUGACGUGGUCAGCUUCCGCUCCACCUGGACCAAAUACAUUCAGGAGAACAAGCAGAAAUGGAAGGAACGGGCGGCAAGCGGCAUCACCAACCAGAUGUCCAUUGACGAGCUGUCCCCUUGUGAGGAAGAGGCCCCAGCCUCCCCUGCUGAAGACGAGCACAACCAGAAUGGGAAUCUGGACUAGAGGGGCCUGGCCCAGGUCCUCACUGAGUCCAGAGUGUUCGAUGUCAUCAGCACCAUCCCUUGGGUCUGCUCCCCCAUCUGCUCCGAGGGAGCAUGGACGUUAAGGAACAGAAAACCCACCCGAAGGACGAAUGCCAGAGAUUGUGGGGUUGGGGGAAGGGCCCCUCCCCACCCGACACCCAUUGGGGUGCACUUUACUCUCCCGGUGGCAAGACUGGGGAACUUCGGGCUCCCAAUGGUCACUGUGUCCAUCCCCCUGCCUCUGGACUCUCCCCGUGGCCAGAUGACUGGUUGGAGGGGAGCUUCCUGGAGGUUUCCCAGGGCUUGGGGGGAGGGUCAGAGAUGCCAGCCCCCUGGGCCCUCCCCCAUCCUUUUUGCCUCCAAGUUUCUAAGCAAUACAUUUUGGGGGUUUCCUCAGCCCCCACCCCAGAUCUUAGCUGGCAGGUCUGGGUCCCCCUUUUCCUCCCCUGGGAGGGGCUGGAACAGGAUAGGAAGCUGGGGGUUUCAGAGCUCUGCACAGGGUGGGGUGUGGGCUCCUUCAGGGCAUGGCAUCUUUCUAGGGCCUGGGAAUGGGGGCAUCCUCUGUACCCCAGACCUGCACUACUUCACCCCCACCCCUGCCCAGACUCUGCAGUCUCCCCUCUCCCCCAUUCUGGAAUGGUGACUGGGGGAGGAGGAGCCAGAGCCACCAGGGGCUUAGGGGGGGCGGUCCUCAAGGACUUGGGACAGGUCUCAGCCCUGGGGCUUGUCACCUGCCCUGGCCGAGUCCUGAACCCGUCGCCUCCUUCUCCUCCCCUGGGGCCAGGAGGCUCCCAUCCGACCAAUGUCUGUAAAGUGCUUUGAGGUCUCCCCAGCAGAGCACCUUCAGGAUGCAUCCUAGAGCACAGGCAGGAGAGCUGGGUUGGGGUCAAGGGCGCAUGGGGAGGGUGACAGAGAGGGUCCCUCCCCUCCCAGCCCUGGCCCAGGAGGCCCCUUCCUGGGACAAGUGGGGAGUGGCGGGUGGAAGGCAGCCGGCAGCCCAAGCAGGCCCCCGCCCCUUCCUCUCCUCAGGCUCCUGUGGCCCCGCUCUGUCCCAGGAAAGGCCCAAGUCCAGUGACUGCCCUCCUCCUUCCUUGUAAAUACCAGACAUGCAUUUGUACAGUGGGCCCUGUGCGUGUGAAGUCGUAUCCACGGUCUUUCAGACCUGCCACUCGUCCCUCCUACCCCACCCAGAGAGGGGUAGAGACGCAUGUGACUGACCCCUGUCCUCGGUCUCUCGGAACCCUGCUAUAGCCAGAGAUCAAUAAAGAAGGGAGACCAGG